AAAACAAAUUAACUCAUAAUAAUAUUAGUGAAAUGUAUGAAAGGAAUAUCUCGGUAUUGCAACUUUAAUGGUUCGUUUAUACACUGAGCCAAGGAUUAGAAACAUUGUUAUUGUGCGCGGGGUUUUGUCCAGUUUAGUUUCAUUUCGUUUACUGUUUCACAACUUGGUUGAAGCCUUAGAAAUGAGGCCAAAAAGUAAGGAAAAGAAAGAAAGGGUGACUUCUGCUAAGGUUGAAGCACCACCUCAAGGUGAAUUUGUAUUUCCAAAUAACGAUCGUUACAAGGGUGAAUACAAACUCAACGAGAGUGGAACUAUCGAAAGAGACGGAGUUGGUACUCACACAACAUCUAAUGGAAUGAGAUACACAGGACAAUGGUCACAAGAUAAAAUGAACGGAAAUGGGGUAUUAGACCUUCCGAGCGGUGCAGUGUACGAAGGAGAAUUUCUUAAUAAUCAAUUCCAUGGCGUGGGUACUUAUACAUGGCCCAAUGGAUGCGUGUACAAAGGAUCAUUUAGUAAUAAUAAACUUCUCGGUGAAGGGGCUUUCAUGGAUACAGAAGAGCAAACAUGGGUUGGAAAUUUCCACUAUAAAGCUGCGCCCGGACUUAAAUUCAAAUUAAAGUUAUAAAAUUUUCACAUUUAAAAUUCCUUCUGAAUCUAUAUUCAACUUUUACUUGAAUCUAUAUUUUUUUUAAAUACAUUUCUUAUUUUUUCUUGAUAGGUGUUAAAUUUGACAAACAGUCUGUAUAUUACAUCCAAUUAAAGAGUCCAGCUGCACACUAACACAAAUGGAUUUCUGUAACGUUUCGUCCGACCAUACGUAUGCGUAUCCACUAGCAUAAAGGCAUAGAUGAAAGAUAGUGAGUUAGUCUCGCACAAUCCAAUUCAAAAUUAAGUCUGUAUAUUAGUUAUCUGAAUACGAGCAUUCAAUUAAGCUCAAAAAUGCCAGUUCCCUUCACAUUCCUUGUCACUUGCUGGUGUUGCAAGUUGAAAAUCUCUGCUCGCACAUGCCCACCACCUUACCCAAAUUGUAAUUGUUGAAUACCAUGCCAAUGCCAUACCAGAAAGAUUCUUGAUCUUCUUAUUUACUUUUUUUUUUAACUCUUACUUAUGAUAUAUCACACAAACUCUAUAGAUUUUCCUAGAACAUUAUAUUUAUUAAAUUGACUAAUUUCUUAAUACUAUAAAGUACUGAAUUUUUAUCUUUUGAAAAUGAAAAAAAAAAUCGAUUCGUAUUAAUAAUUAUGGCGUAGUGAGAAAAAAAAAUUAGCAAAAAAUAUGAAAGCAAUCACACUCAAAUUAUAAUGUGGAUACAAACUAAGACAUAAACAGGAGAAAUGGCCAGGGACAGCGGGAGCCCUCAAUAUUUUCUGGUACAGUAACUGAAAGGCAUCUCUAUGUGCCACUCAAGUAACCCUGUAGAAUGUAGAUCCAUGACGAUAAUGUGCACAUUGUACGAGACUCUACAGGACAGUUUUUCCACUUCGGAACAGCGGCGUUUAUCACCUCUUAUUUGUUAGAUUUAAUCAUGUCCGCCUUAUUUUGGAUAUUUACAUUUCUUUAUUGUUUGAAGAUUUCAAUUCCAUCCACAUAUUUUCAAUAUGUCUUUUAUUUUCGCCAUACUAUCUGUUAUUGUAGCUUAUGGUUAGCUAUCUAUUUAUGAGGUGGGGUGCGAGACUUGACGUAUUCUAAAAAGGGGGUGCGGCUUAAAAAGUUCGAGAUCCACUGUUUUAAAUUUAAAUAUAUACUAAACAUCGUAAUAUAUAUCAAUUAAUAAAGACUGUGAACUUUGAAGCAACAUUGAUCAACAAAUGCAAUAAUGAUAAAUUAAUAACGACACUGUCUGAUUCUGGGUAAAUAACACAUUGAUAUGAAAAGGUAAAAAGCUGCAACAUAAAUGAUCUAGUUCAUGGGUAGUCUAUAAAGAUUUUAGUUACAAAAAUCCAUAUCUAGAAAAAUAUUUUUUAUAAUUCAAUAUAACAAUCUCCUUGCCAAAACAUAAGUGAUAUUACAAUUAGAUCACACAUUUAUUUAUAGAAGACGAAAAUUUACAGAAUUAAAUAAUAUUGAGUGUAGGUACCCUACACAGUUUUAAACAAGCCUAUUUAGUGCUGAGAUUUCUUCUUUGUUCGUAAAUGUAUAGUCUUUUUAAAAUUUAGCAAAAUAACAAAAUUUCAAAUAAAUAUACAGCGAAACAGUAUUGUAACCAUUUGAGAAAAGCAUUAAUGAACUGAAAAUUGCUUGACAAUGAUUGAUAGCAAUGAUAAAGUGGAUGGUGAACUCUGGAUUUCUGAUUCCUACCUCGGUGUGUGACUUUAUGGCCACCCUGUAUUGAGAUUUCUACCAUGACUAUUAAGCAAUUCAGGAUUUGGAAUCAGAGUUGGGCAUAUUCCCAA